CUCUGAGUGUGGAGAGCAAUCUGAGCUGAGCAUGAUGAUGCAGAGUGUCCUGUCUGUGCUGCUGCUGCUGCUGCUGCCCUGCUCUCUAUGUGGAGCAGAGAUUCCAGUCCGGGACCCAGAGACCAGCGCCCUCCAGCAGACCAGCGAUGGGGACGAGCCGAGCCAGAGGGACAGACGAGAGGUGGCCGACAUCAACUGCUGGAAAGUGGCGCUGGAGCUGCAGGAGCUGCGGGACACUGUGUCCACUCUCAAGGGUCAGCUGGAGGAGCAGAGGAGGACAGAUCAAGUAGCGUUUGGGGCAUCACUAGGAAUUCAUGGGAAUCUGGGUCCAUACAACACUGAAAUUACUCUGGCUUACAAGAAUGUCUUCGCCAAUGCUGGAAAUGCAUACAAUCCAGGAACUGGUAUCUUCAUUGCACCAGUGAAAGGAGUCUACUACUUCAGCUUUUCUGGUCAUAAUCAUAACUCCAGGCCCAUGGGUCUCAGAUUGUACAAGAACAGCCAGUCGAUGGUUAUUGUGUACAAUCAUGCUUUCAAUCACCAUCGCUAUGAGACGGCAACCAAUGGGAUGACCCUAGAGCUAGAGAAGGGGGAUCAGGUGUACGUGCGUCUCUACGUCCACACCUGGGUGUUUGAUAAUGGAAAUAUUCACAGCACUUUCAUCGGCCAUUUGCUGUUUACAGUGUAGUGACGUGUGAUGUUCUCUUUUCUGUUGAUGUUUUCUGGUCCGCUUCUGAUUCAGCUGGUCCUAUUGAAUCCAUCAAUCAAUCAAUAAAUGAAUAUCAAGAGGAAUAUAUAUUUUUCUUGGGCGUGUUAAAAAAAAUGAAAAAUGAAUACAUAUUCUAUCUACAGUACUGUUGAUUAAAAACUACAUAUAGCAUCUUUCUGACAUCGUUAUUGAAAGUAACCAAACAUUCAUUUAUCAAUAAAUUGCAUCUUUUCACAUCA